AUGGAGGUUUCAGUGGGUCUUUUGAGGAGCCCUGAACGUGUACUAUUAUAUUUGGUCAUAUUGUACUCGGCGUUCACCAUAAUCAAGCGUCUCUUCCGGGUUCUCUUUAGCCCAUUGAAUAAACUCCCUGGGCCAGCGUGGGCUCGUAUAACAUCACUUCCAAUUGUGCUGAAAGUAAUCACGGGAAAACGGGCUCAGGAGCUAGAUAUCCUCCAUAAGAAAUAUGGCUCAGUGGUACGCAUUGGGCCGAAUGAAGUAUCAGUUGGGGACUAUCGAUAUUACCGACCCAUUUACAAUGACUCGAAAUCUACGACCAAGGAUACUGACUUCUACUCUAUCGCUAAUUUUGUUGGUAAAAGCAACAUCUUCCAGAUGACAAAUCCGGCUCAACAUUCUGCCCGCAGACGCUUAAGUGCUGCGCCAUAUUCUCUUCAAGGGAUCACCCUGCUGAGCCCAUUGAUUCGCAGGAAGGCAGAAGACCUGGCCAGAAACCUACUCAAGCGAGCCACAGAAUCCCCCAACGGGACUGCAGAUGCGUUUGAGCUCUCUGGACUGUACAGUCUGGAAGUCAUAUGCGAAGCAGGCUUUGCAAUGGACCUCUCUGCCAUGGGAGGCGAUUUAGGUCUAAAGCUGAUGCAUGCCAUGGACGGCAGUGCACAGACCCUGAUGUUUACAUCCACAGUGCCAUGGUUACGCUCAACCGGACUAGGGAAGAGACUUCCCGGUCACGUUGGCGCUUGUUAUCGCAAGGAUGCAUACUGGCAGCAAAAGUCUAGAGAGAUGGUUGAUCAUUUCUUACGAGCAUCAUUCACGGGAGCUUCCACCGAAAAGAACUUGCUGGCUCCACUACUUCACGGGACAGACUCAUUUUUGGGUCGAAAAUUGACUUAUGAAGAGCUUGUUGAAGAAGCCAUGGGAAUCAUGUUUGCAGGAAGUGGUACAACUUCAGCCACUUUGACCUACAUGCUCUACGCUUUAUCUUGUCCCGAAAAUGAGGGCAUUCAAGUCACACUACGCGACGAGGUAAUGCGUCUCCCACCCAAUGACAUCGUUGCUGUUCGUAAUUGCCCAUAUCUCAAUGCCGUCAUCAAGGAAACCUUUCGUUUAUUCCCGACUAUCAUUUCUACCCUUCCACGGCUUCUGGGUGAGCCAUUACAGCUUGGUGAAUACAUUUUACCGGCCGGGACUGUUGUUGGGAUGCAAAACUAUGUGCAUCACCGGGACUCGUCGGUUUUUCCAAAGCCAGAACGAUUUUACCCUGAGCGCUGGUUGACCAGUACAAAGGAGAUGGACAUGUCAUUGACCCCAUUCAGCCUGGGUAGGCGAAACUGUAUUGGUCAAAAUUUGGCAUUUGAAGAGCUCUAUGUUGCAAUCGAGGUGAUUAUGCGAUCGGGACUUGUCCUAAGGCUUGGGAAAGAGAUGGAGAACUGGGAAAUGGGAAUGGAGGACAGAUUUAAUAUUGCUCCCAAGGGACGGCGGCUAAUGCUGGAAGUCGUAGAGGAGUAA